AUGAUAUUUAUUAUUUUGAACGUCAAAAAAAUGAACAAGAUGAUUGUACUGUUAUUGGUCUCCGCAUUGGUAGUGCUGACUACUAUGGAUGCAGUGACCGCUUCACCAAUCAAUGGCAAUAUUGACAUCCAUAGAGCCAAACGUUAUGUCAAAUGUGGUCAAAUUUCCUGUUCCACUGGCUUAAAUAUUAUGCUGAAUUGA